UUAUGGAUUACUUUGGUCUUGGUACAUCGUCAUUUACUAAACUCUGUAUCAACAAUGCAGCUGGUGGAGUACUCAGAAUACAAAGAGACAAGAUCAAACAAAGACUGAGUGGCAAAAAGACCAUUCUGAAGGCGAAGCCAGGCUAUGGCAGGCAGCCUUCUACAGGUCGUUCACAAAGACCUUACUAUGAUAAGAGUAGCUACAGAAAGUUUAUGAAAAAGUCUCUUUACAAAUGUAAGAGAAAAUAUGCCAACUCUUCCAGUAAAGAUACUGCUUUUUCAAUCAGAAAGGAUAGUCUCAAUAACAACGUAAAGAACCAGGUCUCUCACACAACUCUAAAAUGAAACAAGAAGGAUGGUCAAGCUAAGGAGGCUGACAUGAUGAGAACCCAGUUCAUACUUUCCCUGAAGGAGCAUCUGCGUCACCAGAAGAAAAAUAAGGUGUAUCAAGAGAAUAAAAUGGUCAGUAAGAAAGAGAGGACUAGGAAGCAUCACAAACGGCCUGGAACAGCCCUAUCUAUUCCUGAAAACUUAUGGGUAAAGAGACAGGAUUCAAAACCAAUAGUCUUUAUGAGACACAUGCAUAUUAAUGAUUCUAAGUCAAAUUCAGGCCUGUCAGCCUUGCUGGUAGACAGGAAUUCAAGGAAUAUUUCGAAAAAGAAACAGAAGGAUUCCUGAGUAGAUUCACAAAAUAUUUAUCGAUCUAAAAGAACCGAUAGAACCUCUUCUAGUCAUAACACAAGUGUGAAUAUGACUAAUAAGACAGUGAGGACUAGUGGCCCUAAGCUUCAGAAAGAGAUAAAGGUAAAAUAGAGAGAAAUAUAAGAAAGAAAUUUUACAAAAUAUUAAUUUCGUUAGCAAAGCUCCAAUUUUCCCCAAGAAGGUCAGAAAUAAAGUUGUGAGGAAGCCUCAGAAGGCUGGGAUAUCUUGUUUUGCAGAGAAUUCUAAUCUAGACAAAAUAAAAACGGCUAGAACUAAUUUGGAUAACAAGGAGAAUAAAUUUGAAUGCACUCGAAUUUUUAAAAAUAAAGCAAUUCAAGCAAAAAGACCACGAUCAAAAGUUGGAUUUGUAAAGUUAGAAAUGGAAUGUAACAGUGAUGAAGAAGAUAUCUUUUGAGAUAGAUUAACAGCUAAAUAUUAA